AUUGAUAAAUAUUAACUAAGUAAUAAGUUAUUACUACCUGUAGUCUUAAAUCAAACAUUGGUAUUGAACUUGCUACUGGCAAGCAUCUUCAGAUUUAAUCAAGCUAUUAACCUAGAUUCAGAAUGCUUUAUCCAUCAACAUUAACUGAAAUCUUAUUCUAUCUUUUACUCAUUGUUUUAACUAUUUUUGUCAUUGUUAAUCUGUGGCCAAAUAGGGGAGUACCUCUGUGCAAUGCCUUUCAUUUUCCAAUAGUUGGUCAUCUAUUUUCAAUAAAAGCAAACAAACUUCACAGGCAAUUAAUUGAAUGGUCAAAAUUAUCUAAACAUGGAAUCUUUCAAUUAAAUAUUCUUGGAGAGAAAAUAGUUGUUGUAAGUAAUUACAAAGGCAUACGGGACGUUCUUAUAAAUAGAGAUGAUCAAUUUGCCGGAAGACCUCUUAAACAACUCUUAUUAUUGGCAACAGACGGUGGAAGAGAUAUAGCAUUGUCAGAUUUUGACGAAAGGUUAAUAUAUAGAAAAAAAAUGCUAAUUAAGCAUAUGAAAAGUGAUUCUAUGACACAAAAGAUAGUUGAAGACACUACACUUGAAGUUUUAAACGAUUAUUACAAUGAAUUUAUGAAAGGUGAUCGAGAGGUUAAUUUACAAGACUUAUUUGUAAAGCUCACAUUUGACGUUAUAAUGGCAAAGAUUCUCGGAAAGAGAAUAUCACUAAAUGAUGAAAAUCUUAUACAGCUUCGGAAACACUAUGAUUCUCUUUCCCGCUUACUAUUUGAUGUGGAUUUAGAGAUAUAUGAAUUUCUGCCUUGGUUAAAACACGUUUACCAUUCAAAAAAGUAUAAAGAACUCAUUGCAGCUAUAGAAGGUAGAGAUAGACUAUUAAAAGAGAUUUUGAAAGAUUAUACGAUAGAUGGUUUAUACGGAUCUAUUUUACGUGAUCCGCAAAAAUAUCUGGACAACGUUGAAAUCUUCAUGAUUGUUAUGGAUACCGUAAUAGCUGGUUAUGGAACGUCGUCCAUAGUAAUACAGAUGUUCUUUGCUUUAAUGUUAAAACACGAAAAUGUUAAGAAUAACGUUCUAAGUGAAAUUGAAAAAGUCAUCGGAUUUUCAAGACCUCCAACUUUUACCGAUAAACAGAAUAUGCCGUAUUUAUCCGCAACUAUUCUUGAGGUUAUGAGAUGGAUAAAUCAUGUUCCUCUACUUUUACCUCAUAAAACAGUAGCAGAUACAAAUCUCAUGGGAUACUUUAUUAAAAAAGAUACAACCAUAUACGUCAACUAUCUUAGUUUGACUGAAGAUAAAGAUAUAUGGGGCGAUCCGGAAAAUUUUAGACCUGAAAGGUUCCUCAAGGAAGAUGGCUCACUUCUACAGCCAGAGGAAGAAUGCAGAAAAUACUUUCUCUCAUUUGGUGCUGGACGUCGAUCUUGUCCUGGAAAAGCAUUCAUCAAUCAUGUUAUGUUUAUAAUGUAUGUUUAUUUCCUGCAGAGAUUCAAUAUAACUUCGGUUUGUCAUAAGGAGAACAAAAUGGAGUACGAUGUAUUAAAUGUCGAUAUUUUUGACUUUAUUUUGCUUAUAGUAUCGGUAUUCGCUGUGUAUUUUUUCAUCUUUAAAUCAAAAAGUGCACUACCUAGAUGUCCCGAAAUUGAAUAUCCAAUAUUUGGACAUAUAUUUGCUAUUGAUUAUGAAAAAUUUCAUAGGCAAUUGACAGCAUGGUGGAAAUUAUUAGCGAAAAAUGAAUUUAUCAUAAACAUCUUUGGCAAAGAGUAUACUAUUAUAUGUAGUUACGAAGAUGCUAGAGAAGUGCUCGUAACAAGAAGAGACUUGUUUGUUGAAAGUCCUCAACAAUUUAUGAAUAAAUUAUCGAUAGAAAUCAAUAUCGAUGAAAAUUUUCAACAUUCAAAGAAUUUAAUCAAUAAAAAUUUUAAAUAUAACGACAAUAAUGAAUUUAUUGCAGAAAUAAGAAAUUUAACUUUAGAUAUUUUAGACGAUUAUUCGAAUGAAUUUCUAUGUCAAAAUAAAGCAGUGGAAACGUCAAUGCUAUUUCAAAAUCUUACUUUUGAUAUCGUAAUGGCUAGUAUGUUUGGCAGGAGAAUCGAUAUAAAUGACGAAGAAGCUAUUCAGUUAAAAGAAUCUAUAACUGAACUUGGUCAUUUAUUCAUGGAUGUUACACUUAUACCAUAUAAUAAAUUUCCAUGGUUAUAUAAUAUUUAUGCAACGCAAAGUAUGAAGAAAAUGAUAAAGUUUACACACCAAAGAGAUAAAUCACUAAUUAGUUUACUUAAGAAAUAUAAAGGUAAGAAACACGAUGAAAUAUUUACAGGAUCAUACGAAGAUAACUCUGAAAGGUUCAUGCUGAUUUUUGAUGCAAUAUCUAAAGGUUAUCUAACUUCUUGGGUUGUUUUUCAAAUGUUCUUUGCAUUAAUGUUAAAAUAUCCUGAUGUUUAUAAAAAAGUAUCUGAUGAAAUUAGUGAGAUUAUUGGCACUAAUAACAUUCCAAAUUAUAAUGAAAGAGAUAGAAUGUCAUACUUUAAUGCAGUAGUGUUUGAAGUUAUAAGAUGGAUAAAUCAUGUACCAGUAUCAUUACCUCAUAAAACAACAACUAACACUACACUAGGAGGAUAUCCUAUUAAAAAGGAUACUAUUGUUAUUGUAAACAUUGGGGCUAUAAAUAAAAAUGAAGAACUUUGGGGAGAUCCGAAUUGUUUUCGACCCGAAAGAUUCCUUAGAGAUGAUGGAACUCUCCUUUCCCUGGGAGAAGGAUGUCGAAAAUUUUUUCUACCUUUUGACGCUGGACAUCGAUCUUAUCCUGAAAUUCAGCAAGAAAUACUUUUGGCAAUGGUAUACUUACUGCACAGAUUUACUAUUGUAUCAAAAGACCACGAAGAGAACGAUACAUUAAUAUAUGAACCAGACAAAUGGGACUUUGAUCUGGUGUUAAAACCAGGAAAAUUCUUUGUUAAUUUUUUAUAA